AUGGAAGAGUUCUGUUUGCUGCUGAAUGACGACGACAUUGUUGCUGCUGAGGCUCCUGGAGUCCAAAUGAUCAACCUGAAGUGCAGCCACUACUGUAGCCUUCACACUUCACCAGUUGAACUCGCACAACAAGCUCGAUCGGCAGCUCGAUCGAGUUUCAGAGCUUCUGGAAGGAUGUCUACUCACCAAAUCAACCUGCUUACCUCACCUACUUUCUUACCAAAGCAUCAACCUCAUCUCCUCACAAUGGCAGAAAAGCUUGGCAUUGCUGGAGCAUUGCAGCGCCCUACUACUUCAAUCAUGUUUGGAGAUGCAACUUCAAAGUCUCCUCUUGGUGUGUUCAAGAACUAUCACUUGAAAAUAGGAGAAUGCAUCAUCCAAACUGACCUUCACUGUCAUGGAGAUGGAAGAAGAAAGGAUCUACCUCUGCUAUUGGGAACCCCAUUCCUUAGCACAGUUGGCGCUUCAAUAGACUUUCACAAGCAAGAAGUGAUUCUUCACAAGAUAAGGUUGAGAAGGAUCAAAGAGUUGAAAGGACCAAGGAUUGAGAAACCACGCCUUGAGAGGCCUAGAGUUGAGAGACCACGUUCUGAUAGGCCACGAGCUGAUAGACUUGUUCAAGCACCAUGUGUACUUGAUGAGGAAAGCCUCCAAGCUUUGUUUGAUGAGCCACUAGGAAGCGCUCAAAAAGAAGGGGAGGAUGCAGCCUCAAAGGCACUUGUGGGAGAGAAAAGAAAGAACCCACCAGCUCAGGUUUCCUCAGCCAAGCCAUCUCAGCUCACUAUGACCUUGUUCCCCACCAAAUUUGAAAAUGGAAAGAUUGAGUACAAGAUAAGGUACAAGGGGAGAUCAAGACCAUUCUCUAGAGCCAAGGCCUUGGUCACUUCAGAGCAGUCCAGGGAUCCAACCAAGCUAAAGGAGCUUCUGUCUCAAGUCCUCACUAUCACCCUUGAUGGUGGGACUAGCUCAACCAAUGCCUAA